ACUAUCCAAGUGCGGCUGUUUGCGACUGCGCUCCGGAUCUCAGGACGACCGGGGUUUCGGGUUCAGAAAUGGCUGGACUGCCGGGGGCGUCAACUCGAUCUGACUUGAGGCAUAGAAACGACUACAAUCAUUACCCUUGAGGGGAUCUCAGGCCUCGAAGCAAUGGGCCAACCCGCCACCACUCCCUCCUUCUAACCCUACCUUUGCCAUCCAUGAACAGCCCCGGACGAUUACACCGGUAUCGUCGGAAACGGAAGAGCCGCCAGUGGAGCAGCAUCUCUGGGCAGAUGAACCCGAGCUUGUACCCGGGAGAGCAGCUGCUGCCGUGGCCUCCGAGGGCCUUGACACUGAUAUGGACAUGAUGGAUACAUCAGACGCAGUCUUGGAUCGAGGCCAGGGCAAGGACGGGUCCGAUGCCUUUCAGGCAAAGCUGAACGUGCCUAGUGUAACGGGCCGCAUCCCUACACCGAUCCACUGCAGCUUUGCUGCGCAAAUACGAGGUAAUAGCUGGAACGACCCUCACGGGGCAAUGAGGCAGGGCGGCCCACUUGCAACGACACCUGAGGAACCCAAUGCAAUGGCGUUUAGCAGCAAUGGACUGGUGGACAUUACUGGCCAGUUUCCCCAUGCGACGGGCAACGAGAGUGGACCAAGAUUUUUGGAAGGUCAGGCAGCUGCCGCAGAUGUCAUGUCUGAUUGGAACAUGGUGCAACACAGGCGACUUCCCUCGCCCAUCAGCGAGUGUGGCGGUGAGGAUAGCCUGGAAAGCCCGAGGAUGGUGCUAGAUUCAUCGCCUCAGCGCGGAGGGCACCUGAGUAGAGUCACCCACGAACACCCCCUGCUCGCCGGGCUCCCGCCGCGUGCCAGCUCAGCAGUAGAGGGAGGAUAUUCCCCGAUCGGAGACAGCCCAACAGUUGAGAACCAGCUCGGCAACGCCAUGGAUGUUGAGGGUAUUUCGACGCCUUCGCCGAAGAAGGGACACACUCGAUCGAGACACACAUUAAACUCGUGGACAGCGCUACAGCCAGGCAUGACCCGGUCGUUCAGUAUAGGAUACCGAGCCGACUGUGAGAAAUGCCGGAUGAAAGUGCCCGGUCACUUUAAUCACAUCAUCAUCUCAUAGGAGGGUGAACAUUUCGGCGAUUGAGAAUCGUUGAACGCCGCAACCAACAGUGCAGCAACACUCGGGGAGCUACUCGCGCCUGCCAUGAGCUAUACCUCUGGAGGGGGGUGGGUCAGGAAACU